AUGGGUCCCCUGCCAGAGGACCGGCUGGAGGCCAUGGGAUGGCCGUUUAAGUAUACCGGCUUGGAUUAUUUUGGACCGCUAUUUGUGACUAUAGGACGUUGCACUCAGAAAAGGUGGGUGGCAUUGUUUACAUGUCUAACCACAAGGGCUAUCCACUUGGAGAUGGCCCACGAUUUAUUUACAGAUUCCUGUAUAAUCGCUAUGAGGAAUUUUAUGAGCCGGCGUGGACCGGUGGUCAGGAUAAGGAGCGACAACUGGAAGAACUUUGUUGGGGCCCAGAGAUUCAGCGAAGUAUUUGAGCCUGCGAAGAUCCAGGGCGAGCUGUCAUCCAAAGGAGUCGAAUGGAUCUUCAAUUGCCCGGCGAACCCAGCUGAGGGUGGUGCCUGGGAAAGGAUAGUGCAGUAUCUACCCAAGGAAAACGGAGAGGAGUCAGAGAGAUACGCUACCAGGAAGCAGUGGCGCAUAGCUUCCGGCACCUUAGCUUCUGUUCAGUCGCUGCAAUAUAUAUAUAAUUCAUAA